UUUCAUGCAAAGCUAGCAAAGAAACCAUGAACGCGGCUGCAAAACCGGGGAAACCGGAAAACUUCGCCAGAAGCUGAGAGGGCGGCUCUUUGUUUUGAUUUUCUUUGGCCGAUGCUGCUUUCUCGCUCCUAUAUUAGAAAAUAAUCGUAAAUGGGACUGUGGAGCUUCAAAUGACAGAUACCAAGAUCACCAAGUUGCUUUUCUGAAUCUUGUCGCAGCUGCAUGAGGCUGGAGGCUAUUGUCUACGCCAGGCCUGCAGCUGUGGUCACUACGGCAACUGCCUGAAACUGCGACGUCGACCAAAGCACGCCCGACAGGAACUGGAUGUCUCAUUCCAUGGAAGAGCAGUCGCCCAUAGUCAUUUCCAAGCCAGCAGGAUUGCCACUGGACCAUUGAAGCACCACAUAGUCUUUGCACCCAUUGUGUCAGUGAACAGACAUAAGACAGAGUUAAUUCUUGGUGCGUGCGUUCACCAUUAUUCUAAUCAUAGCAUCGUUUCGGUGUGGUGGACCAAACACAAUAUGAAGAAUUCAAGGUACCAAGGACUGAGUGCUGCAGUUCCGCCCCCCAGGCGCUCUGCAAGAAUCAGCUGUGUUCGUUUCACACGACUGGGUAUAUACAACGAGGACACCACCGAAGAUGAAACCCUCGCAGAAUCCCUGUCAACCAUGAUGGCAUCACUCAAAGUGGCAAUGCCGUGCCUGUGGCCACGAAAGUGCCAGGUCUGCGAGAAGACACUGUCCAGCCGGGCAGCACUCGUGAGACACAUGCGCACACAUACGGGCGAAAAACCAUAUGCAUGCCCCUCGUGUCCUGCAGCCUACAGCACUCAAUACCUGCUUAGCCUGCACAUACGAUCGCACACUGGUGAGAGGCCACACAAGUGCGACAUCUGUGAACGUUCGUUCUCUCAACGGACUCCACUGAUCCACCACCUACGUACACACACGGGUGAGAAACCGUAUGAAUGCUCUCUCUGUCCAGCAGAAUUUGUAAAAUUUCACUCACUCUGCCAGCACAAGCGAACACACACGGGUGAGCAGCCAUAUGAGUGCAGUGUGUGUUGUCAGAAGUUCGCACAGCUCCCGUACCUCAUAGCACACAUGCGCACGCACACGGGUGAAAAGCCAUUUGCGUGCCGUGCGUGCCCAGCAGCGUUCGCGCAUCGAAAGACACUUGCCAAUCACGAGAGAACACAUACGGGAGAAAAACCGUUUGAGUGUCGCAGGUGUGGCCGCCGGUUCUCUCAGCAAGGGAACCUGAGGCGCCACCUACGGCUGCACACGAUUGACAAAGAACACAAGUGCAGCCUGUGUCCCGCAGUUUUUGCCCUAAAGCCCUCGCUAGAGGCCCAUGAACUGUCGCACAAAGCUGUUAGGCCUUUUAAAUGCAGUGAGUGCCCCGCUUCUUUUGUCCACAAACAAAACCUGGACGCUCAUGAACGGGUACACGCAGGUGAUGUGCCAUUUGCAUGUGCUGUGUGUGACAAAAGAUUCUCGGCAUUAAGGCGAGUGCAACGACACCUGCUCACUCACACAGGCGAGAAGAGGUUCAAGUGCAGCAUCUGCAAAAAGCAUUUUACACGGACUUUCAGCUUGGCACGCCACAUGCGAAUACACGCAAGGAAAAAGGAUGUCUAAAAGGCUCGCAGGCAGAUCUCUGCCUUUUGCAAUAUGUGACACCACUCUUCACUGCACCUGUAGAUACGAGGGCACAUCAGAAAGUCAUUGCCGCUAUAUUUUAUUAGCCAAAAUAAGGUACCUGCAGGUAAUUACAAAUAUACACACUAAUCUACAUACCUUAACACUACUUUUUCCACGUAGUCCUCGCACCAGUUUAGACAUUUGUCUCAUCGCAGCACUAAAUUUGAGAUUCUCCUGUGGUAGAAUUUGUCCAUUAACUGUGGGACCACCGUUGGAACUGCUGUCUUGGCUUCGUCAUUGCGCGUGAAUCGCUGUUCUGCCAGGAACGUCUUCAGCGGACUGAAAUCUUUGGAAAUCACUAGGAGUGAGGUAUGGACUGUAUGAUGGGUAGUCCAGACCCUCCCUGUGAAAUGACUGGAGCUUGUCGGCGGUUCCGAUUGCCACCUUUAGUUGCCUGUAUGCCACCAGAAGCGCUGUGCCGUGGAGCUACCAGCAGAUCAAGGCCGGGCCGGUCCAAGAAAGGUCCGCCACUAAAGAUGGAUACGUUGACUUCGCAUUUACAGCUGUAAUUUGGCUAAAAAAGAAAAGACAAGGGCAAAGACUUUACGAUUCACUCUCGUAUUUUUGUAGGGUGGCUGAUUUGGCUGCAUUAGUCUUGUCUGCUCAUCUGUCCAAAUCACGAUAUGCUGAAAAGCAGCCUGUGUACUUUCCUGCAGGCUAUAAAAGAUGUUCCUAUGUGGGCCUUUAUGAAGUAGUGGUUCAACCUAAGCUUUUAAUUUGAGAAAUGCAAACUCGUGCAAUGCUGAUACGCAAGACCAUUCAGUGGUUACCAUGUAGCCGAGUUAAAAAGACCUUGUGGCUGUUAACAGUCGACGUGGAGACUGUAAGUGCCAGAUUAUUGCUGUGGCAUACAUUUACUCCAACACACUCGUGGGUGUGCAAAGGUGAAGGAGUUAAGCUCAAUUUGUAUAUGUCAGUCCAGCAUACUCCAAGCAUCGACAGCAUGCUAUCCAUCUCAUUUUUCCUGCCAACCACUAAUAUUUGGACUCAGGCCAUGAGACGCAAGUGUUCUGUUUUGGGUAGUCUUUAUUUUGCUAUAGUGAUUGAGAUUAAGGUGUCAAAUCACAAUGACCUAUUCUGGACGUAUCAUUUUAUGGUUGAAAUUGAAGUCGUUGGAUGUUUAUAGAGAGCAGUGUAAAGUGUAAAGUGUAGCAAGCUUGCAGUUUGAGGUAGUUUGUCAAAUGUUUAAUUUUGAACUUGCAGUAGGUCCUUUCGCAGCUGUUUGAUCAUUGAAGCGCUCAUUCACAACUGCCUCAUUACCUUCAACAUAAUGUAAGGGGCCAACAUGCGUGGAACAGAGUCAAUGUGUUCUAUUUGGAGGUUGACUCAUUGCAGGGUGUUCUUUGAUUGAGUCUUGGUCCAUCAGUAAGCACUUGGAGCUUGUGUGGCUGAUGUUCCCAUGAGUGCAUUGUACUAAUGCCUGCAGUUUCUGUAAAAGUAAGAAGCCAAGAUAGAGCUGUGCAGUGCAAUUGAAGAGCUUUUCAAGCUUUGCUAUGCGAAAGUUGGCAGCAUAGGAACUGGUACAAACUACCUAUUGUGCCGUUUGAUAAUGGCAGGCUUUGUGUUGCUGCAUUUUGUGCAAGACCAUUCCUCAAUAAAAGUGAUCUCAUUUUUAA